GCCACUAUGGACCAUAGAAAACAAAAUUUAUCAUUGUUUCGUACAUUCACAACGGCUUUCUUAGCUAGUAUAAACGAGGGCAUCUUUAUAUAUGUUGAAAAACCACCUUUGAUGGGAGCGUAAUUGUUAAUAUUGAUUUUGACAAAUAGCACUUCACUUAACGCCCAACCGGACUGUUUUUCGGAAAAAUUUUCCAACUUGGCUUGCAGUUUAUCAAAAACGUUCUCCUUGUACCACUUUUUAAGAUUGGUGCCGAUAUCAAUUACGGCAUUUCUCGUUUGAAAUGUUUUCAUAUCUACAUUGAGAUCUUGAGGAUGGAUAAAGUUACAUGCCAAACUUACGUUUACCUUUAACAUUGAUCGUUUUAGCGCCUCACCAAUUUUGCGCGCAAAGCUGUCGUACGAUUUUUUUAGAAAAACUAAGGGGUCUUUAUAGGUAAAGUUUACAAUGACGCCGGUAAUCAAACGGCCUUUAAAACAAGAAUCUAAGGUGUACCACGCCAAAGUACGGAGCGGAUGAUUUUUUCUAUCGACGGUGUCAUCUAUUCCACAACCCUCCCUUUUUACCGAGAUAUUUUUCAAUUGUUGUUUUAAUUGUGCUCGAAAAUAUUUAAGUUGGGUUAAAUUCGCUUCCAGUCUUAUCGGGCUUUCAUUUAUCUCAUUAUGAAGGUUAUUGGUAAUUGCUUUCUCUAACAAACGUAUGUUGGAAUCGAUUAUUGAAAUAUGUCUAACAAUAUCGGUCUUAUUUUUUAAUAAUUUAAUUGAAUUACGCGUUAGAUUAACUAUGUUAUUGCUUAAACUCGUAACAGAUUCCAUUGUACCUACCUACGAUUAAAACUAUUUUCCCAGAGUUCUUCUUCCUCGAAACGUAACAAAAAUAGCUCGCCUGCAAAGUUGCGCGAAAUCCGAGAGGCCUUCACACUUACACACACACAAAGAGACACUUGUCGUUGAUGGAAUAUUACGUCAAAGAUGCACAGAGACGAAGUCAUUAAAUCGCGGAAAUUGGAGGCCUUUUAUACGCUCACGUUCCGAAGGACAUUAAUGAAUACUCCCUUUCUUACAUGAGUGCUCGCUAUUGUUGGCGCUUUUCUAGGAAGCUUCGGGUGUGUCGCAGGUGUCCCAUGCGCUUUCUGCUAACACCAUGCAAAUACGUUUCCAAGGUCGAGAACAAUGGAGUCGGUGUUACUGCAGUUGCAUGAGUGGGGUCUGGGAACCUUGGUGUCGCAGGUGUCUCAUGCAAGUACGUUUUCAAGGACAAGAACAAUGGAGUCAGUGUUACUGCAUGAGUAGGUCUUGGAAGCUUUGGUGUCGCAAGUGUCUCAUGCAAGUACGGAGGAGGACAAUGGAGUCAGUGUUGAGCUACCAGGAAAGCAACCUGUGAGAACGCCCUUGAUUUUCACUCUUUUGCUAACUCCAUCAAAAACCCUCCCCAUAUAUAGGUGGAGAUUUUUCAUAUUGGAUAAGUAUUAACGUGAACGUUAAGACCAUGUCUUCCUCGAUGUCUUCCUUUAACAACAAACGCGGCGCGAAAUUGAGUAUUAAAAAAAAAAGUGAAACGAACAAGAAGCCUUACGGUGGUGCUAGUGGCGGUGGCGAACAUUCGGUGUUAAGAACGGCAUUAGAAAAAAAUAAACCAUCAAAAUUAAUGGACGGAGAUGUCAUCAUCAAUCUCAUUACCGAAGAUGAUGAAGGACACCAGGAAAGAACCACCACUACAACAGCCAACAACAACAACAUGAAUGAGUUGGACGACUUUCUGAAAGAAUACGAGGGCAUCGUGAACCACGUAUAUGCCCCACAAGUAAGGACGAUCCCUCCACCUCACGAACAGGAGCAUCAGCAGCAGCAGCAGUUAAGCCAUCAUCAGUAUCCGGUACAGAUAUUAGAACACAUCAUAAUUCCCGCGCCGCCGCCGCCACCACCACCGCCACAGUCAAAUCAGCACGCGGGAGAUGGCUUACACCAAUUUCAUCCGCCGCCACCGGGCAAUAACGCCGUGAACAACAAUCACUUUCAAGCUUCGUUACCAAGGGCGGGUGCAAAGGACAUGAAUGUCCUAAGAGACAUCUACCAAAACAUCUCCCCAGCAGCAGCAACAGAUCUGCCGCCACCACCACCACCACCCCCGCUGGACCCGCACAGGUGGCACGAGCCGUCCAACCCCCAAGAGCUGGCAAUGGUGUCCAUGCGGUGCCUGGAGCAAAUGUUGCCCAUUGUUGAAACGAAGCACCGAGAUUCCCAACUUCUUACCGAAAGGUUGGAAAGGGAAUUAACGGCAUCCCGAACACAACAGCAGCAUCUCCAAAAAGAAAUGCAAUUAAUAAUUAAUUAUAUUACAUUUUUAAAACAAAUGUCAAUGUAACUAUAACGAAAUAAUAAUGUAAUUAUUGUAUGUACCUAUUUCAAAUAUACGGAAUUGAUGCAA